CAUAAUAAGUUAGUCUCUGACCCACAUUCAAGUUUUAAGUCUUCAAAAAACAAUGUCCAAUUUGAGCUUUCUUGAUCUCCAAUACAACCUCUCAAAGAGAAAAUUUCUGAGGAAGCCAACUAGGAUGUUAUCCAGAAUAAACUCAAGAUUGUUGCCAGUAUAUCAACCAAGUUUGGAUGAGCUAAAACGAGUGUUUGAUAAAUUUGAUACUAACAAAGAUGGCAAGAUUUCACCAGGGGAGUACAAGGGCAUAUUAAGAGCCAUGGGAAAGAAAAACCUCCUCACAAAAGAAGUAGAUAAGAUAUUCGACAUAGCAGAUGCAGAUGGUGACGGAUUUAUAGAUUUCAAGGAGUUUGUAGAAGUGCAGAAGAAAGGAGGUGGAGUUAAAACAAUAGAUUUGCAGAGUGCAUUUCAUACGUUUGACAAGGAUGGUGAUGGUAAGAUCAGUGUGCAAGAAGUGUAUGAGUUGCAGCAGAGGCUCGGGGAACAAUGCACCCUUCAUGAUUGCAGGAAUAUGGUGAGGGCUGUAGAUGCUAAUGGGGAUGGUGUGAUUGAUUUGGAAGAGUUCAUGACCAUGAUGACUCGUACCAUGACACUUUAUUAGAAGCUUUCUACUGCAAGAAAAUGGUCUUUAGCAACCAAAAAAAAAAGAAAAAAAAUAUCUGAACUGGUUCUUCCUAUAGCUCAUAUUUACACACACGCACUAGUCAUAUCUACUUAUCUUUUCCUUGUAUAUAUAUAAUGUAUGUGCAUGUCUUGCUGCAAACUUUUGCCUCUCUGGCAUUAGUCAUGACUAGUUAUAUGACAAAAGAAAACAUUUACCUCGUAGGUUUUGAAUCUUGCUGUUGCUCCGUGUAACAAUCGACCGAUCAUUUUGAGCUUUAUCUAUAAUGACACGGUCAGUCGUUUUGUAUAUUUGAA